AUGCUGGACGGGCGGGAUCGGUCGACGGACUGGUGGCAGAAGGCGGUGGUCGUGCCGGUGAGGCGCGCCUGGGUGGUCGUCGCCGCGCGGCUGCGUCGCAAGAAACAUGAUGGCCGAGGUGCGCUGGUGAGGCUGCACGACGACAUCCAGACAUGCGCGUACCAGGACGUGCAGGUCAUGUGGGAGAUGCUGCAGCGGUCGGAGACGGAGAAGAUGGCCCGAGCACCGCCGACGCCCAAGGGCUCACGCGCACUCAUCUGGCUCAGACCGCGGCGUCGCCCCCACACCAUGGACCUCAUUCGUCCGCGUUGCUGA